GGUAUCAAAGCUAAGUGUUGAACAUCCCCAAGGGCCACUCACCAUCACUCCCUUCCCUCUUCCCAAAAAACCCCCACAGCCAAACUAAACGACUUUCCUUACCUUUUCCCACUUCAACCAUGUCAAAUGAAUCCCGAACUAUGUCCCAUGAAGAGCUCAUUGCCUCAAAUACAGCCUUGAAAGCACAAGUAGAGUACUUGGCUAAAGAGGUAGCCAAGCUUACGAAGAUAAAACUCAACGAGCUCCAAGGAAGUGACCGUGAAGAAGACGUUAGCUCUAGUGGAACCAUGAAGCCUAAAGCCACUGAAGGUUCUGACUUCAAAGUUGACAUUCCAACUUUUGAAGGGAAGAACGACCCGGAGGAGUUCCUCGAGUGGAUAGAAACAGUGGAACACGUCUUUGACUUCAAAGAUGUUUCCGAUGAAAAGAAGGUCAAGAUAGUGGCCUUAAAGUUCCGGAAGACUACUAGCAUCAGAUUGGGUUAUGCUGUCCACAUUGGUCGAUCUGCUGCUUUGUGGGCUGUUCAAAAAUGGGCUGAGUGGGCUGCCAAGUUCAGCAGGCUCAUCUUCAAGAUUUUGGGCUGCUGAAACAUCUUCAACUGAAUUCAUGUGGUGGUCAAUGGCCGGUACUCCAUCGACUAGUUUGCUGGUCCCUAGUCGUUUUAUUGUAUCAAAAUUCACAUGACCAAGACGGGCAUGCCACAACCAUGCUGGAUCAUCUAUCUUGGCCAGUAAACAGAUUGGUGUCCCAAUCCUUAGAUUGAUUUUAUAUAAACGAUUAGGGGAUCUUGGAACCUUCAUUAACAGCGAACCAUCCGGCUCAAAUAUAGAUAAGAAUCCAUGUUUGAUCAAUAUUGUACAACCCCCUUCUUCAGCUUGUCCGAUACUAAAGAUAUUACUCUUUA